UCGCCGGCGGCACCCUCUCCCUUAUCCUUCAGAAUUGUGCACGACCUCAAAAUAAAGAAAAUUCGUGGAAAAUCUUCACUCCAACAAUGGCGUCCAUUCAGUCCCCAAUUUCUGCCGUAUCAUUCAACAAAGCCAAACGGCCCAGAAGGAGGAUACCCUGUUCAUCACUUUCUCCCGCUCUGAACACAAGGGCCAUGGCGAAGGAGCUGCACUUCAACCAUGAUGGGUCCACCACGAAGAAGCUUCUGGCAGGGUUGGAACUGGUGGCAGAGCUGGUUGGGGUGACUCUGGGUCCUAAAGGAAGGAAUGUGGUGUUGCAGAAUAAGUAUGGGCCUCCCAAGAUUGUCAAUGAUGGAGAAACUGUCCUCAAACAGAUUGAAUUGGAGGAUCCUCUAGAAAAUGUUGGGGUGAAGCUGAUAAGGCAAGCUGGUGCUAAAACAAAUGAUCUUGCUGGUGAUGGCUCCACUACAUCUAUAAUUCUCGCCCGUGGUCUGAUCACCGAGGGGGUGAAAGUGAUUGCAGCCGGUUUGAACCCUAUCCAAAUUGCUCGCGGGAUUGAGAAGACUGCAACAGCCCUUGUUUCGGAACUCAGAUCCAUGUCAAGAGAGGUUGAGGAUGAUGAGCUCGCUGAUGUUGCUGCAGUUGGUGCAGGGAAUGACUAUGCAGUAGGAAACAUGAUUGCUGAUGCUCUUCAGCAAGUGGGAAGGAAAGGCGUUGUUACAAUUGAACAAGGAAAAAGUACCGAGAAUUGUUUACAAAUCGUGAAAGGAAUGCAAUUCAAUCGUGGAUAUAUGUCUCAUUACUUUGCAACUGAUCGAAGGAAAAGGAUAGUGGAGUUUCAUGAUUGCAAGCUGCUUUUGGUUGACAAAAUAAUCACAAAUCCAAAGGCAAUGUUAAAAAUUUUGGACAAUGCAGUCAAAGAGAAGCUCCAUAUUGUAAUAGUUGCAGAGAAUGUCGAGCAGGAAGCCUUGGCUCCCAUUAUAAGAAACAAACUCCGGGGUGUGCUGAAGGCAGCAGUAAUUAAGGCACCCGCCUUUGGUGAGCUCAAAAGCCAUUACUUAGACGACAUUGCUGUCCUGACCGGAGGCACUGUUAUCAGAGAUGAUGCAGGGGUGACACUAGAAAAUGCUGGCGAGGAGGUAUUGGGCUCUGCUACCAAGGUCGUGAUAACAAAAGACUCAACAUUGAUAGUUACAGAUGGAAGCACUCAGGCAGCUGUUGAUUCUAGGGUUUCCCAACUGCGCAAUCUUGUUGAGAACACUGGGGAGAAGUCCUGCAGGAAAACAUUGAAUGAAAGAAUUUCAAGGUUGUCAGGAGGCAUUGCAAUUCUCCAGGUGGGAGCACAGACUGUAAUUGAGUUGAAAGAUAAGCAACUGAGGAUUGAAGAUGCUUUAAAUGCAACUAAGGCUGCAAUUGAAGAGGGUGUGGUGGUUGGUGGUGGCUGCAGCCUUUUGAGGCUAGCUACGAAGGUUGAUGAGAUUAAGGAACAUCUUGAUAAUGACGAGCAGAAGAUUGGAGCGGAAAUCUUCCAAAGAGCUUUGAGCUAUCCCAUAAGAUUAAUAGCCAGCAAUGCAGGUGUCAAUGGUAAUGUUGUGAUAAAUCAGGUGCUGUCAAAUGAUGACCCAGGAUAUGGAUAUAAUGCUGCAAAGAACAGAUACGAGGACUUGAUAACUGCAGGGAUUAUGGAUCCAACAAAGGUGGUACGAUGUUGUCUGGAGCAUUCUGCAUCAGUGGCAAAGACAUUUCUCACUUCGGAUGCUGUUGUACUCGACAUCACGGAAAAAAGGUCUCUGCCGAGGACAAUAUCGAUGCCAUCACCACCCAUUACAUCCAUCCCUGACAGACGACAAAGAGGGCUUGGACCUCUGAGAUUAUAACCACGGGACACUGCCAGAGGUUGAGGUGUAGCGUUUGAGUUUCUUCAAGCGUUCAAAUGGGAUCUCUAGCAUCAGUCAAUAGUCCGCUUGUCAAUGGCAUUCCUGCAGUUGUGAAUGGAAUUAACCUGUGACGCCAUGGGGAUCCACUGGUGGGGAGAAGAAAGAAAAGCAAACCAAUCGUGAGAUCUUAGUUUCGAUUCAUCAAAAGCACAUCAAAGCCUAGCUACGGUCCAAUUGACCUUUUGACUUGCAAAUCAUGCUUCGUGCCAUACAUCACUCUGAUAUUAUUUACACCUAAGAAUAAAUUCACCUUAAAACA